AUGGCACAACGGCUGAUCCGCUAUUUCACCAUCCUGGGGCCUUGCCCUGAAUCCCUGCAGGAGGGCUUGAAAUCGCUGGAGCAAGGUACCAAGGCCCAAGACGUGACUUUCAAAGCCACUGCUUUGGAACGAUUCCCUUUGGAGGACUCUGGGGGGUUUUAG